AGAUAUAACGCCUGCUAAAAUGAGUAGAUUUUUAUGGUCUGAAAUAAGUUUUAUAACACUUUAAAGACAGGAAACAAUGGCAUAAGCUUUUGAUGACUCCAGAAUUUCUCCAUACACUGACAGUUGUCUGCUCAACACAGGGUGUUUGAAAAAGAGCUCUCUAUUCACCAUUUAAAUUAAAUGGUGAAUAGGGAGUUCUUUUUCAAACACUGUAUUAAUAAUUGCACUUGACAACACAGUUUUUGUUCCUGGGUUAUAAAUGUCAUUUCCUAAUAGUCCUAUCAUAAAACAUGGGGAAAGUGUAUUAUAAACUGCAAACUGUUUCUGUGUGAGGGACAUUUUGCUCUAGUUUUUCAAUAAAUGUCUCAUCGGGUCAACCAAUUCAAAAGAGUUUGUGGCAGGCACAAAAAGUUUCUGGAGCAAAACCUUUCACGUAAGAACUACACAAUUAAACAAAAUAACAUUUUCAAACCAGGAACAGAGUGGGUUGCUGUGAUUUUCCAGGCUGUAUGGCCAUGUUCCAAAAGGAUUCUGAUGUUUCAUCCACAUCUAUGGCAGGCAUCCUCAGAUUGUGAGGUCUUGGAAACUAGGCAAGUGAGGUUUAUAUUGUGAGGUCUGUUGGAAACUAGGCAAGGGGUUUAUGAAAUGUCCAGGGUGAGGGAAAGAACUUUACGGUUGGUGGUAAGUGAAUGUUGCAAUUGACCACCUUGAUUAACAUUAAAUGGCCUUGCAGAUACAAAGCUUUGCUGCUUCUUGCCUGGGGGAAUCCUUUGUUGGAAGGUGUUAGGUGGCCCUGAUUGUUUCCUAUCUGGACUUCCCCUGUAAUCUGAGUGUUCUUUAUUUACUCUCCUGAUUUUAAAUACUGGGAGCCAGAUUUUGUUCAUUUUCAUGAUUUCCUCCUUUCUGUUGAAAGUGUCUACAUGCUUUUGACUUCUGUGACUUCUCUGUGUAGUCUUGCAGCAUUGAAAUUGCAAAGCCAUUCAGUGCUAAUCAAUCUGGGCAAUUGCAACAUUCACGCUUGUCUCAAGCAAACAAGUGUUGUUUUUCUCACGCUGAACAUUGCACAGAUACAUAAACCUCACUUGCCUAGUCUUCCAAGAGACCUCAACCUCUGAGGAUGCCUGCCAUAGAUGUGGGUGAAAUGUCAGGAGAGAAUGUGUCAGGAACAUGGCCAUACAGCCUGGAAAACUCAACAACCCAUAAAAAUCUUUGACAACAGAGGAACAGAUUUUUUUUUCAUACAGUAUUUUGUUACAUAGUUAUCUUAAAAACCAGAACAGAUUUUUUUUGUGGCAUACAUAAUUAUGGAUUCAAUCCAUAGAGUGAAGUGAUGCUACCAGUUGGUGGGGCUGUUGGCCAGUUACGAGAAUAACCAUUAUACUGAAAAUACAUUUGUUUUUACCCAGCCUUUAAAGCUGAACCCCAGAGCAAGUCCCCAGUGUUCUGUAUAAUCCAGCCUCUUCUAGCACUAAUCUAUAGUGAAAUAGCUUCAGUGUUGUAAGACAAAGUGAACACAUCUUUGAAUAGAAUCCAAAGCCUAGAGCAGAAAGAGAGAGACAAAGUAUCACAUGGCAAAGCCAGGGCUUGGAGGCACACAAGGGAUCAAGUUUAUAACGUUCUUUCCUUAAAAAAAACAGUUCCCUGAAAACAAAGCUAUCAGCUGAGCUACAGCUUCCAGAUGGAUUUGGUCGUAAUUGUUUGAAAUGUGUUACAUAGAAGUGUCUUGGUUCAAUCAAUCAGAAUGGAGACUCAGUAGCACUGAGCCAUGGCAGUUAAAGUGGUAUCGAGCUGUAUUUUUUCUACAGUAUAGAAGCACAUUUAGUCAAGAAAUUUAGGAAGGGUAGCUAUGAGGAACUAAACAGGAUCUUGAAAUCUAAAGAUUCAUCACUUAGGAUUGCCCAUGCCAUCAUAUUCACCAUUUCUAUGUCUGAGAAAUCUGGAUUGAAAAAAACUGAUAGAAAACUAAUUUGAAAGUUGGUGCUGUAGAAGAGUUUGACAAAUAACAUAGAUGGCUAAAAAGAGCUCAGUCCUAGCACAAAUCAAGCCUGAACUCUCCCUGGAAACAAAGGUGACUAUUACAGUCUCACCCAACAUAAACAGGCCAGCAGAAUGUUGGAUAAGCGAAAAUGUUGGAUAAUAAGGAGGAAUGAAGGAAAAGCCUAUUAAACAUUGAAUUAUGUUACGAUUUUACAAAUUAAGCACCAAAACAUGUUUUACAACAAAUUGACAGAAAAAGCAGUUCAAUGCAUGGUAACGUUAUGCAGUAAUUACUGUAUGAAUUUAGCACCAACACAUUGUAAUGUAUUGAAAACAUUGACUACAAAAACAUUACUAAAAGGCAGACUGUGUUGGAUAAUACAGAAUGUUGGAUAAGUGAGACUUUACUAGCUGUGCCCAGCCACGCGUUGCUAUGGCCAGGUGGAAUAGCAGUGAAUAACCUUGCAGCCUCAAAGCCUGGCCGUUUUCUUGUGGGAAUCCUUGUUUGGUGAGCUGGAAUGCAAUGGAAUAGGCUUUCUGCUUGGAAGCCCGGGUACUUGCAUUCUAGAGGAAUGGUUUUUUGGGCUGCUAGAAUUGCAAUGAAUAGCCUCACUGCUUCAAAGCCUGGCUGCUUGCUAUCUAGUGGAAUCUUUGGUUGGUCAGCUUCAAUAGUACAGGCUGACUGCCUUCUACCAUGGUUAAUCCUUUAUUGGUCUGGUUGAAUAGCACUGAAUAGCCUUACAGUUUCAAUGCCUGGCUGUGUCAUACCUAAGGGAAUCUUUGUUUGGCGAACCGGAGUAGCACCUUCAAUCGAAGAACCGCUUUGAAGCCUGACUACUAUCUUUGUAGGGAGAGUUCUUGCACACCCGCAUAGUGGGUUUUUUAAUUUUUGGAGAUUUUUCUGGCCUUGUCUCUGUGUUCUUGUUUUGUUUUGUUUUCCCUGGAACGUGAUUAGUUUUGUGGCCAAAUUUGGUGUGAUAUGGCCCAGUGGUUUUGUUGUUCACUUGGUCCUAAUUAUGCACAUUACAUUUUUAUAUUAUAUUUAUAAACCUGCUUUGGGUCUCUUUAAGAGGAAAAAGUGGAAUAUAAAUACUGUCAUAUACUGCUGUCAUUUUCAGUAUACUGUAAGAAAAGAAGACAAUGUUUGGCAAAAUAGUCAGAAAAAUGGGGAGACUGCUUUGAUGAUUAAUAGAUUCAGUUAAGGAAGCCAUGGUUGCCCCAACUUUAAAGACUUAAUAGAGUGACUUCAAGAUCUCUCAUUUUAUAGGGUUGCCAUAAGCAGAGAGUGAAGUAUUCAAGCAGGAUCUCCUUCCCUUGCACUCCUCCUAACUCAUUCCCCAGGUGUAACCAAGGCUUCUAUCCUUGAAGAUGAAGGAAGGAUGUAGAAAUUAUCGGUGCAAGAAGUUUCUGUUUUCAACGACAGGAAAUCCGUGUUUACGGCACAACUCCAGGCCCUAGAAGCUUCCCUCUUUGAUACUUCUGCAGACGAGAAGCCAUGUGUGCAAAGGCGCACAAACCCGUUCCUCUAGUCAAGAGGGAAGUCAGUUUCUGGUGACUUUAAACCGGAAAAAAAGAAGAGGACGGUGUCUUUAAGCUCAGGGCAAUCUGUGACAUCUUAAGGCGGUUUGGCCCAGAAGGCGCAGGAAGGCAGUGUUGCGGAUGUGGGCUUGGCCUUUUCCUCGAGACGGAGAAACCCUACCAGCAUGAACCCCGAAGAGCAAAUUGUGACCUGGUUGAUUUCAUUGGGAGCCUUAAACUCCCCGAAAAUGAAGGUCGGGGACCCUCUGCAGUUCCUCAAAACAUCCCUCAAAGACGGAGUCGUCUUGUGCAAACUUCUUCUCCGACUCCUUCCAGGAUCUAUAGAGAAGCAUUGCCCAGAGCCCAAGACAGAAGCCGACUGCGUUGGCAACAUCAAGGCCUUUCUGAGCGGAUGUGCAGCGCUGAAAGUGGAGCUGUUUGAUGCACACGAUCUCUACGCCGGAGACAACUUCCCCCAGGUGCUGAAUACCCUUGCAGCCAUCUGCAAAGCCACGGAAGAUCAGCCGUCCGCCCGGCCAUGUUCCCGCCUGUCACCUGCUAGAUCCCCCUCGGAGGACUGCCCUCCUUCCAGGAAAACUACGUCUCCCAAGUCGCCCAGAGCCUUGCGCAGGCAAUCCAAAGCAGUGGACAUGACGGAGAACGGCGGCCACCAGCUGGUGGUCCGGGCCCGGUUCCACUUCAAGCAGACCAAUGAGGACGAGCUGUCCAUCAACAAAGGGGACAUCAUUUGCGUCACCCGUGUCGAGGAAGGCGGCUGGUGGGAAGGGACCCUCAACGGCAAGACUGGCUGGUUCCCCAGCAACUACGUCAAGGAGAUCAAACCCACCGAUAAACCUCUCUCUCCGAAAGCUUUGAAAAACGCCGAAAGCCCCCAACUUACCAAGAAUUACUAUGCAGUGGUACUUCAGAAUAUUUUAGAAACAGAGCGAGAUUAUGCCAAGGAACUGCACUCUCUUCUAAGUACUUACCUGAGGCCGCUCCAGUCCUAUGACAGGCUGAGCGCUGGGGACAUCGCCUUGUUACUCGGAAAUGUGGAUGAGAUCUGUACCUUUCAACAAAAUCUCAACCAAGCUCUGGAAGAAAUCGCUAAGCUUCCAGAGCAUUUGCAAAAAGUUGGGGGCUGCUUCAUGAACCUCAUGCCGCAAUUCCGGUUGCUGUACCUCGCCUAUUGCGCGAACCACCCUUCCGCUGUCAAUGUCUUGACCCAACACAGCGAUGAACUGGAAAAGUUCAUGGAGCUUCAAGGGGCCACCUGCUCAGGGAUCUUGACCUUAACCAUGAGCCUCAGCAAACCCUUCACCCGCCUGGAUAAAUACACUUCCCUUCUGCAAGAACUUGAGCGACACAUGGAGGAGGCACAUCCGGACCAUGAAGAUGUCUUGAAAGCAGUAACUUCCUUCAAGACGCUUGUGUCCCAAUGUCAAGAGAUGCGGAAGCGAAAACAGCUCGAACUCCAGAUCCUUUCCGAAUCCAUUCAAGGCUGGGAAGGCGACGAUAUAAGGUCCUUGGGCAGCGUCCUUUAUAUGUCCCAAGUCAUGGUCCAAUAUGGAGGAAGUGAGGAGAAGGAAGAAAGAUAUUUCAUGUUGUUUUCAAAUGUUUUGCUGAUGCUUUCAGCAAGUCCCCGGAUGAGUGGGUUUCUCUAUCAGGGAAAGUUGCCUUUAAUGGGGAUGGUGGUGACCAAACUAGAAGAUGCAGAUGGGACUGAGCAUCCCUUUGAGAUUUCAGGAGGUAUGAUCGAUCGGAUCACGGUGUACUGCAACAACAGCCAUGACUUGCACGAGUGGCUUGACCAUUUGCAAAGGUUGACGCGAGGAGCAGCUUCCAGCGGCACUCUCUCCAAGACGCACUCUUGGAGCCCCCAUUCUACUUUCAGCUCCCUUGGACAAUCGCGAGGCCCGCUGGAGCCCCCCAAAAUCCUCAAGCCCUGGACCUUAAGCUGCCUCCGACCCGCACCGCCGCUCAGGCCUUCGGUGGCACUCAGCUACAAGGAGCGGAUGUCUUACAUCUUGAAGGAUUCCAGCAAAAGUCCAAAAACGAUGAAGAAGUUUCUUCCCAAGAGGAAAACGGAGAGGAAACCGUCCGAUGAGGAAUUUGUCAUUAGGAAAAGUACUGCUGCCUUGGAGGAAGAUGCUCAAAUUCUCAAAGUGAUUGAGGCUUAUUGCACCGGCGCAAGCUUUCAGCAGACUUUGAGUUCAGGUUCCCGUAAAAACUCAGUCGCCCAAGUCCUGCUUCCAGAAGAAGAAAAAAUUAUCAUUGAGGAAACGCGAAGCAACGGGCAAACCGUCACGGAAGAAAAGAGCCUCGUGGACACUGUCUAUGCACUGAAAGAUGAGGUCAAGGAACUGAAGCAGGAGAAUAAACGGAUGAAGCAAUGCUUGGAAGAAGAACUGAAGUCUCGGAAAGAGUUGGAGAAGUUGGUCCGGCGGUUGCUGAAGCAGACGGACGAAUGCGUUCGGGAAGAACCCGUCCGGAGAUCUUCGGUCCUGGCUUGAUUUCUUGGACAUGAAAGCAGGUAUUCCUAGAAAGUCGGAUCGUAGCGUUGGAUGCCUCUUGCGCUUUAUAUUUUCGUGUGCCUCUGUGUGUGCAUUUUAUUUUGUCCUGUUUGGCUUCGUUCGUUUGCCAGCAAGAAAGGAAAGACAACGGCUGCGCUGCUCUUUGGUUUGCCCCAUUCAAGAAGUCGGUUUUCCAUGCCAAUGGCAACCAAGUGAUGGUUGCUUGAUGAAAAUAUUCCACUUCUGCCCCUUUGAGUCAUUCAAACUUCCGUGACCUCAGUGCGUCUUCUUCUAGGAAUAUGGACUUUUGCUGUUCUGAAUGAAGAUUGCAGAGUGGAAACUUCACAGGAAAUGCAAAAAAAGAAGCUUUUCUCCGCCUUUCCUUCUUCCUUUUCUUGAUUCGUUUUUUUAAAAGAUGCCUUUUACUUUAUUUAUUGAUGGGGAAGGAACGGUUUCUUGAACUGCAAUCAGGUAAAAACCAAAGGUAAUUUGCACUUCGUUUCUCAGAUAAUCAGGAAAAUGAGUUCAAUACGUUGUCGAAGGCUUUCAUGGCCAGAAGCACUGUGUUGCUGUGAGUUUUCUGGACUGUCUGGCCAUGUUCCAGAAGCAUCCAUUCCUGACGUUUCACCCACAUCUGUGGCAGGCAUCCUCAGAGGUUGUGAGGUCUGUUGGAAACUAAGCAAGUGGGGUUUAUAUAUCUGUGGAAAGUCUUGGGUGGGAGAAAUAACUCUUGUCUUUUGAGGCAAACAUGAGUGUUGCCAUUGGUCACCUUGAUUAAUAUUUAAUGGCAUGGGAAUCCUUUGUAGGGAGGUGUUAGAUGGCCCUGAUUGUUUCCUGUCUGGAAUUCCCCUGUUUUCUGAGUGUUGUUCUUUCUUUACUGUCCUGAUUUUAGAGUUUUUUAAAAAAUACUGGGAGACAGAUUUUGUUCAUUUUCAUGGUUUCAUCCUUUCUGUUGAAAUUGUCCACUGGCCAAUGGCAACACUCACAGUCAACUCAAACAGACAAGAGUUCUGUCUCUCACCCUAGACUUUUCACAGAUAUAUAAACCCCACUUGCCUAGUUUCCAACAGACCUCGCAACCCCUGAGGAUGCCUGCCAUAGAUGUGGGUGAAACGUCAGGAGAGAAUGCUUCUGGAACAUGGCCAGACAGCCCGGAAAACACACAACAACCCAAAAUGAGUUCAGUUUCCCCCACCCCAAAUAAUAAUAAUAAUAAUAAUAAUAAUAAUAAUAAUAAUAAUAAUAGAUCUGCUGUGAUACUUAUUUAUAUCCUCUUGAACACAAGAGAUGCUUUUUCCUUAGAAUCAUCCAUUUUUAUUCAUUACUAGACUCCGAACAAAUCCAUCCAUCAAUACAAACUCAUCCAGUCCAUUAAGAUUCAAUCCUUGUUUGUGUAACUCUUUCAACGAAGUAUUUGAAGAAUAUUUUGGAAAGAACCACAAACAAACAAACAACCUCCCUGCUUAGUGGCUUUAAAGAGAUUUGAAUUACCGUAUAUACUCGAGUAUAAGCCGACCCGAAUAUAAGCCGAGGCACCUAAUUUUACCACAAAAAACUGGGAUAACUUAUUGACUUGAGUAUAAGCCGAGGGUGGGAAAUGUAGCAGCUAUGGAUAAAUUUCAAAAUAAAUAUAGAUACCAAUAAAAUUUCAUUAAUCGAGGCAUCAGUAGGUUAAAUGUUUUUGAAUAUUUAAUGUAUUUCAAAGAAAAGCAAUAAACUAGCUCUAUAAGUAGAAAAGUAGGGGCAACAAAAACAAUAUGGUAUCAAUAAUAAUAAUCUAAUAAUAAUAAUAAUAAUAAUAAUAAUAAUAAUAAUAAUAACAACUUCAUUUGGAUCCAACUCUAUCUCCCCAUGAGGAAUCAGGCCGGCUUCCAACAUAGUAACAGACAAACAUUCAAUGCUUAUAUAAACAAUGCAGAGCUAGAUAUAAAUCUAUAAUUAUAUAUACUAAUUUCAGAUAUGCAUUUACCCCUGAAACAUUUGCAAAUCCCUCUGUGUGUAUGUGUGUGCAUUUCCCCUACAAUAUUUGCAAGCCCUAUCUAUCUAUAUAUAUAUUCAUAUCUAUCUAGACAUGUCUAUAUAUAUUUGUGUGUUCAUUUCCCCCUGUAAUAUUUGCAAGCCAUAUAUAUAUAUAUAUAUAUAUAUAUAUAUAUAUAUAUAUAUCUAACUAGACAUGUCUAUAUAUAUUUCUGUGUUCAUUUCCCCCCUGUAAUAUUUGCAAGCCCUAUAUAUAGGUAGGUAAGAAUAUAUUCAUAUCUAUCCAGACAUCUCUCUUUAUAUAGAUAUUUGCAGAGACUUGCAAACAUAUGAGGGUAAAUCCAUAUAUAAAAAUAAUGUAUAUGUAUGGCUACAGAUGCACAGGUACAUGAAUCUGUAUGUAUAAAGGAUUUGCAAAGACCUGCAAAAAUAUGAGGGGAAAAUUCAUAUAUAAAAUGAAUGUAGAUAGAUAGAUAGUUAGAUACACAUAUAAAGGUACAUAGAGAUUGCAGAGGCUUGCAAGGGGUUAAUGCCUAUAUCUGUAGGAGAGUUUAACAAAUAUUUCAGGGGAAAAUGCUUUCAUAAGAUGAAUGAAUAUAUAUUUUUCUUCUUCCUGACUUGCAAGGGUGUCUUUCUCUUUUCAAAACAUUCCCUUGAUUUUUCUUUGCAAAAGAAAACACACUGAUAAGGGAGGAGAAGAGAGAAAUACAUCACAUAUUGCAAGCAAUAGUUGCCAGCCUUGACCUUGACCGGAUUAUAAGUCAGGGGAGGCUUUUUCAGCUCAUAAAUAAGUGCUGAAAAGCUCGGCUUAUCUUCGAGUAUAUACGGUAAAUACUCCUAGAAGAUAAGAGAUUCUGUUCUGGUUGAAUGUGCGAAAUAUUUCAGAUGUUUUCCUUUGCGUGCCGAAUUUUGCACAAGCGAACGGGAUGAAUGUUCCCUCUUUUCCCCUCGUUUGCGUUCCGCGGCUGGAAAGGACAUAUUUGUUAACCCAAACAAUAUGCAAAUGAACCAUAAUAAUUCCUAUGAUAAUUCCAACCCGCACUCUGCAUUCACGCAUUGUUGUGUCUUCCCUUUAUUACAUUUCACUGGUUUGGCUGGCGAAGUUGUAUUUCCCCGAUAGCUGGAGUAGCAUCAUUCUUGAUGGAAUAAAAAGAAGAAACCCAAAAGUAAAGUAGGGAUAAGAACUCCCAGAAUCCUGGAGAUCCUGAAUCUUGGCUGGAGGAUUCUGGAAGUUACAAAGACAAGUAUCCACUAUUAAAAUAAUACAGAAAUUGUUUUAAAAGGUAAAGGUUUCCCCUGACGUUAAGUCCAGUCGUGUCCGACUCUGUGGGUUGGUGCUCAUCUCCAUUUCUAAGCCGAAGAGCCGGCGUUGUCCGUUGACACCUCCAAGGUCAUGUGGCCGGCAUGACUGCAUGGAGUGCCGUUACCUUCCCACCAGAGCAGUACCUAUUGAUCUACUCACAUUGGCAUGUUUUCGAACUGCUAGGUUGGCAGAAGCUGGAGCUAACAGUGGGAGCUCACUCCGCUCCCAGAAUUUGAACCUGGCACCUUUUGGUCCGCAAGUUCAGAACCUAAACCCAUAACGCACUGUGCCACCAUUGUUUUAGAUGUCAUUAAACCUUAAUUUAGUUCAAUACAUCAAUAUGAAUAUAGAUACUUGCAUUGGAAUCAAACUACAGUAGAGUCUCACUUAUCCAACAUAAACUGACUGGCAGAACGUUGGAUAAGCGAAUACGUUGGAUAAUAAGGAGGCAUUAAGGAAAAGCCUAUUAAACAUCAAAUUCGGUUAUGAUUUUACAAAUUAAGCACCAAAACAUCAUGUUAGACAACAAGUUUGACAGAAAAAGUAGUUCAAUAUGCAGGAAUGCUAUGUAGUAAUUAUUGUAUUUACGAAUUUAGCACCAAAAUAUCACGAUAUAUUGAAAACAUUGACUACAAAAAUGUGUUGGAUAAUCCAGAAUGUUGGAUAAGCGUGGCUUGGAUAAGUGAGACUCUACUGUAUUUGCAGAGAAGGCAUGUUAAAAUAUAGAUCGUUUUGAUCCACAUUAAAAAAAACCUCAAGAAAACAACUGGAAAAAAAGACUACAAUCCACCUGAUGAAGACUCUUUUGAGUUGAAACCGGUUGUGGUUUUGGAGUCUACUAUCCAUAAAUAAAGAAACAAGAACAAUUAUUAUACAGUAGAGUCUCACUUAUCCAACGUAAACGGGCCGGCAUAACGUUGGAUAAGCGAAUAUGUUGGAUAAUAAGGAGAGAUGAAGGAGAAGCCUAUUAAACAUCAAAUUAGGUUAUGAUUUUACAAAUUAAGAACCAAAACAUCAUGUUAUACAACAAAAUUGACAGAAAAAGUAGUUCAACAUGCAGUAAUGCUAUGUAGUAAUUACUGUAUUUACGAAUUUAGCACCAAAAUAUCAUGAUACAGUAGAGUCUCACUUAUCCAACACUCGCUUAUCCAACCUUCUGGAUUAUCCAACGCAUUUUUGUAGUCAAUGUUUUCAAUACAUUGUGAUAUUUUGGUACUAAAUUUGUAAAAACAGUAAUUACAACCUUAACAUUACUGCGUAUUGAACUACUUUUUCUGUCAAAUUUGUUGUUAAACAUGAUGUUUUGGUGCUUAAUUUGUAAAAUCAUAACCUAAUUUGAUGUUUAAUAGGCUAUUCCUUAAUCCCUCCUUAUUAUCCAACAUAUUCGCUUAUCCAACAUUCUGCUGGCCCGUUUAUGUUGGAUAAGUGAGAUUCUACUGUAUAUUGAAAACAUUGACUACAAAAAUGCGUUGGAUAAUCCAGAACGUUGGAUAAGUGAGUGUUGGAUAAGUGAGACUCUACUGUAGAUGAUAACAGCGACAACAGUCAACACAGUCAUUAAAAUAGAGAAAACAUUGGACCAUUAAAAUAGCCAGAUAAUUUAUUUAUUUUAUUUACAUUUAUACCCCGCCCUCCUCACCCGAGGGGACUCAGGGAAAAAUUUAAUGCCCAAAAUGCAAUCAUAAAAACCAAACAAUAUAAACAGAUCCAUUCAUAACAUAGUUAAAACACAUUAUAAAAACCUUAAAAACGUAUAUAUAAUUGAUUCCAUUCGUCCGAGGGAGACUCUACUGUAUAUUCAUAUUGAUACUAAAUUUAGGUUUAAUGAUAUCUAAAAUAAUGUCUGCAUUACUGUCAUAGUGGAUACUUGUCUUUGUAGUUCCAGGUGAACCCAUUUUCCUUUUUGGAUUUUGGGAGUUGCCAUCCAACUCCUUCCUUCUUGUCAAGCUCAAACCUUCAUGCAAGCUGUCCCAACCUUGUGUAGAUGUGGCUGGACUACAUCUCCCAUCAUCCCCGGCUGGCUGGGGAUACCAGAGAGGGAAAAGUUGUGAUUAUACCACUUUGUGAUGCUCUCCAUUCACAAUCUAAUGCAGGCAUGGGCAAACUUCGGCCCUCCGGGUGUUUUGGACUUCAACUCCCACAAUUCCUAACAGCCGGUAGGCUGUUAGGAAUUGUGGGAGUUGAAGUCCAAAACACCCGGAGGGCCGAAGUUUGCCCAUGCCUGCUCUGAUGUCUCUUCUUGGCUUGAAAAUGCUUAUCGUUUUCCAAAAAAAUCCCCAACAUUUACUUGCACUGUAUGCACCAAAUGUUAAAAAUCUAUAUGUAAGUAAGUAUGUAUGUAUGAUAAGGAAAUGUUAAGGCUGCAAUCCUAAAGACUUUGGAGUCACAAAUGCUUUCCAAAGGUGCAUCUACACCGUAGAAUUAAUGCAGUUUGGCACCACUUUCGCUGCCGUGGCGCAAUGUGAUGGGACGGUAAGUCUUGGAGACUACAACUCCCAUGCUUUCAUAGCGUUGAGCCAGAGCAAAGUUUCUUUUUCAUGUCUGGAGCGACUUGACGAAACUGCAAGUCCCUUCUGGUGUGAGAGAAUUGGCAGUCUGCAAGGACGUUGCCCAGGGGACAUCUGGAUGUUUUACCAUGGGGAGCUAGAGCUGACAGACGGGAGCUCACCCCGCCCCCUGGAUUCGAACCAGCAACCUUUCAGUCAGCAGUCCUGCCGGCACAAGGGUUUAACCCAUUGUGCCACCAGGGGGCUCCAGCCAGAGCAGUCAAAGUGGUACUAAACUGCAUUAAUUCUAUAGUGCAGACGAACCUUAGCCCUUUCCGAAAGGAAGAGACACAACUUCCCGAUGGGCCUCUGUUGGGUUGUGUUACAAAGGCCAAGGCGAUCCUAAAAGGAAGAAAAAGCCAUGUCACUCCGAUUGCAGUGUUCCCGACGCGUAAUGUGUUUACAAAGCUCUUUGUAAAUAAGCUCCUUUUAUCCCCUUUGGCCUUCCAUUUCCUCCCUCUCGUCAUAUUUUGUUUUAUUUUAAUGGUUUUAAUUUACCGUCAGGACGACUUGUGCAAGUUACACUUUUUUCUAAACUUGUUUUUAUUUUGAGCAAUUUUUGAAUUGUGGUUUUCAACACAAUAAAGAAGGGUUUUAAAGAAA